AUUCUUCCAUUUUUUCCCCCCGACAGAAACAAAUUGGAGGAGCAUGAUGGAAACCUCGGAUGGUUUGGAAGCCUCUGAAAACGAAAGAGAAGCGGCGUGCAAGGUUACUACUUCAGAAAAAACCGGCACCCCUAAUGUCACUGCUGGUAAGCCCUUAUCUCUAGCCGCCGUUGGCCUCAUCGCCGUGGUGUCCCCGGCAAAACCCCUAAGCGGGAAGGAGGAAGCAAAGCCAGACGACAACCUGGAAUGGGCCUCCCAACAAAGCACAGACACCGGAUCUUUAGAUGGCAGCUGCCGGGACAUAUUGAAUUCUUCCAUGACCAGUACAACCAGUACUCUUGUGCCAGGGAUGCUCGAAGAAGACGAGGAGGAGGAGGAGGAAGAGGACGAGGAGGACUACGCCCACGAACCCAUCUCCGAGGAAGUUCAGCUCAACAGCAGGAUCGAAUCGUGGGUCUCCGAGACUCAGCGGACUAUGGAAACCCUCCAGCUCGGAAAGACCCUCAGCGGGGCGGAAGACGAGACCGUGGAGCAGAGCGAGGAGGAAGAAUUGGAAGCCCCCGGGCAAGCCGAGGCGGUUCCCGAGAGCGAGGAAUGGACAUCAGACAAGGCUACGAGUAAAGCCCAACAGAAGCCCAACCCCGGCACUCCGCUCGAUUCAAAACACACAGACUCAAAUUAUAUGCCAUGAACUUUAAGUCCAGACUCAGGAAACUUUUACUAUUUAAAAAAAAAGAGAGAGAGAGAAACUAAUUGUUGUAAGGAUUGCAGCCAUCGCUUCGUGUGCUUCAUCUCGGCAUUUUGCACUGUGUAACAUUUAACACCCGUAUUUAAUUCACCCUUCUUUUUUUUUUUGUAGCGGUCUUUAUCACUUCUCCGUCGAGACCUGAGGGUUUGCAUGUGUGAUUAAUAGUUAUAUCUUUUCUUAGAACAGGCUUACGUGUCGCUGAGCAUUUUUCUUUCCCCGUACGAGGAAACUCUUUGCACUUGAUCAUUUUUAAAGGCAAAACUCUUCUCAAACCGGGGGGGAAAAAAAAUCCUUACCUAUUUUUAAAGCGUUGACAGUAUUGACCAAUAUUGGCUUGCCAUGAACUUCUUUGGGAAGUAUUUGGCCACUGUGUACCUAACAUUAAGCCGGAAUGAGUUCUUUCUUUUUUGCUCAGACUGUUAAAAGUGACUGUAGUCAGAAUGUGUUCUGAAAAAAAAAGGGCUAGAAGGAUGUAUAUGAAUUAACUAGUGCACCUUCUUAGUAGUAUUUAUAAUAUUCGUUUAACUAAUAACACUCCUAAAGGCUGGUUGCAGUUGGCUUCAAACCAUUUUGGCUAGGUACUUUGGUGAAACGUCUCUCAGCAGGUAGUUUGGUAAUGAUGUACCUGUCUCUACUUUCCAACUGACAUUGUCCACAUCAUCACUUGGCCCGCAAGCCAACCGCCAAAAGGGACCUGUGGACCAACACAAAGCUUCCCUUGCUUGGUUUUCUUGAUUUCCACGCUGUUUCGCCGUGUUCUGCUUCUUAAUGCUUUCACUGAUCUCAGGAAUGUUACUACGAGUUCAUAACAUGCUGUGUAAAUAGAAGAAAAAGUUAGACCAUUUAAUAUAAAAUGAAAUAGGAGGGGGAGAUAUCAGGGGGAGGUUGGUUGAGAAAAGGGAAGGGAAGUUGUUGUUUGGAUCAACUUACUUUUCCCCCCCUUGGGAUUGGUCUUGAUGGGUAGAUGUAAUCUCUGGUCUUCCAACCGCUUGUCCCGUUGGGAAGCAAAUUUUCAUAAGCGCGGGAGGUAGAAGUGGCUUUCUGGUAGGGAAAAUACCCUUUGUUUUGUGGAAUUUCAGAGCGGGUGAGACCAAAAAAAAGGCUUGUUUUUAAUGACUUGCUUAAGUUUUGCAGGCCUGUUCGGAGUUUUCUAGCGCUCAGGUCACCAAACCAAGUCGCAUAAGGGCGGGAUUGGGAGGAAGGUGGGGUGAGACAGUGAUGCUUUCGAGGUGGGUGCAGGAAGACGAGCUUUAUGGAAAAGACGGACCUCCCCAGCCUUGUAAAAUAUUUCAUAGGUCAGUCGCUCUCUUUACAAUUCGGGACCAACAAGUGAUCACAUUUGAAGCUAGUGUCUUGUCUUCUAAUUAGAAAAAACCAGAGGAAGCGUUUGGCAAUUGUGUGUAUGUGGUUGCCUAUUGCUAAGGAGCGUAGCAGAAAGGAAAAGUUUGAACAAUUAGCUCUUGUACGUGGAAUUAGUAUAUGAUGAAUAGGAAAAGGACAGGUGGCGAGUCGCAUCCCUUGCUCGAUUGUCCAUAAGUGGAAACUUCUUCCUUUCAAAGUGCUGAACAGCCAAAUUGACUCUCCCUUCAAACACAAAGU